UCUUUCUUCCAAAUAAUAAAAAGUCAAAACCUUUUUGUAUAUUACAUUACAUAUUUUUAUACUCUAAAUUUUAACAUAUCAUUCCUCCAUUUUCAUCUUCUUUGAUUCUCUCAAUUUUUCUCCCUUGACCCUAAAACCCAAAAAUUCUUUGUAUUUUUUACAAAAAUCCCCAAUUUUCUUGAGCCAUAGAUCAGCCAUGAUGAUGCUGGUAAACUGUUCCAAUUGUCAUACCCCAUUACAGCUACCACCAGGUGCAAGAUCCAUUCGUUGUGCGAUUUGUCAGGCAGUAACACAGUUGGCUGACCCGCGUGCUGUUCCUCCACCACCACAUAAUGAAUACCAGCACCCACCACCGUCUUCCUCUGCCGCCGCCGCACCUCCGUCCCCUUACAACCACGCACCUCCUGGCCCACCACCUAAUGCUCAUGGAAGAAAGAAAGCUGUGAUUGUUGGUGUAUCGUAUAGGUAUUCCAGGCAUGAGCUGAAAGGAUGCCUUAAUGAUGCUAAAUGUAUGAAAUAUCUCUUGAUCAACAAGUUUCAUUUUCCCGAGGCGUCUAUUCUUAUGCUUACUGAAGAGGAAACCGAUCCAUACAGAACUCCGACUAAACAGAACAUGCGCAUGGCAUUGUAUUGGCUUGUACAGGGAUGCCAACCGGGAGACUCGCUACUCUUCCAUUAUUCUGGUCAUGGCUCAAGACAAAGGAAUUACAAUGGAGAUGAAGUGGAUGGAUAUGAUGAAACUUUAUGUCCUCUAGAUUUUGAAACUCAGGGUAUGAUUGUUGAUGAUGAAAUCAAUGCAACAAUUGUCAGGCCUCUUCCUUACGGAGUAAAACUUCAUGCCAUUAUAGAUGCUUGCCACAGCGGAACUGUUUUAGACCUCCCCUUCCUUUGUAGAAUGAGCAGGAGCGGGCAAUAUGUAUGGGAAGACCAUCGUCCCCGUUCUGGUGUCUGGAAAGGAACUAAUGGUGGUGAAGUUUUCUCUUUUAGUGGUUGUGAUGAUGAUCAAACUUCAGCUGAUACAUCUGCUCUUUCAAAAAUAACUUCAACUGGUGCUAUGACUUUCUGUUUCAUUCAAGCUAUUGAGCGUGGUCAUGGUGCCACAUAUGGAAGUAUAUUGACGGCAAUGAGAAAUGCUAUUCGACAAGCUGGUGGAAGUUCAGGGGGUGACUUUGGUGGCGGUGCUGUUACAUCUCUCAUCUCCAUGCUUCUGACAGGAGGUAGUGGUGGUAUGGGUGGAGGAUUUAGUCAGGAGCCCCAGUUAACAGCUUGCCAGCCAUUCGAUGUGUAUGCGAAGCCAUUUUCAUUGUGAUACUCCUUCUGCCCUCGUCCUCCUUUUGGUGUGUUUGGAUUUGGAUUUUUUUGUAAAGAUAGAAAUUUCAUCGGGUCCUAUAAUAUGCUGCUUAUGCAUGAGAACGCGAAUAGCUUUGCUUUCUGAUAGAAAGCUUUAUAAUGAAAUUAUUGUCAAUAUAGCUGACCUUUUAACUGUUGCAAUAUCUACAGAUUUACUGAAUUUGUUCAAAAAUUUAGCUGUGAGAUGCAGCUCCUUGUACUUUGGUUCUUUACUUGAGAAGUUUGAUGCUUUACCUUUCC